AUGGAGAGAUCGAGGCGAAAUCGGACAAAAGAUAAACGAAGCGAAGCCUUGGCGAAGCUAAAACGAGGCGGUGGAAUUCACGAUUAUGAAGUCGACGACGUCCAGAAUGUCUAUGAAGAAGUCGACGAGGGAACUUAUCAGAAAGUUCGGGACGAACGAGCAUCAGAUUUCGUCGUCGGGGCCGAUGCAGAAGACUGGAUGGACGACGGACGCGACAUCUUCGACGACGACGAGGAAGAGCAAUUCCAAGAAGAUGGAAAAUCCAAAAAGAGUCACAAAAAGAAGAUGGCGAAAUUCGCGUCUGGAAGUGGCAACAUCGCAGCGAUGAUUUUGAAACAGGCGAAAAAUAAAAGCAAAUCUAAGACGCAAGCGAAAGACAUCAAAAUGCACGAAGAUGACGAUCUGAACGCGCUGAUGGACGAGGUCGACGACGGAAAUACAUCUAUGAAAAUGACUCCCAAAGCGAAAAAGUCUAAAAAGCUGAAAAAGCCGCAAGCUCCGACAAUUUCCUUCAACAAAACUCCCGAGCGACCGUCAACGAAAAAACGAGUGCUGCAGCAGCGCGUGCAAAAUCCGACAAAACGGGCGAAGCUGGAUGAAAGUGUGGCGCAGAAGGAUAAAGAGCCGAAAGAAGAGUACAUUUCGGAUAACGACGAUAAUGGCGAGUACAUGGAUCCUGCGGCUGUUUUUGGAGAUGACGAUGAUUUCGGCGCGGAUGAUGCUGCUUUCCACGAGGAUAUGCCAGAAGAUGAAAAUACGGCGCCAAAAAGAGAGCCGAGUCUGACUUCACAGCUUCAAAAUAUCAGUAUGGAAGAAGAACGAAGUCCAACAUCGCGAAAACCCGCAGUUGAGCAAAUCAAAGAAGAGCCAGAAAGCCAGCAUAUCGACUGGAACUCGACAAAAACCGGUGUGGAUUUCGACAAGGAUGAAGAAAUUCAGUACCCAGUCGACGAAAAGUGCUUGAAUCUCUACUGGCUCGAUGCGUACGAAAACUACUUCCAAAAGAAUGGCAAGCUGUAUCUUACCGGCCGCGCAAACGUCGCCGGCGAGCUCAAGAGUUGCUGCUUGAUCGUUUCGAAUAUUCCUCACGUGGUCUACAUUCUCCCACGAGGAGAUUCAGACACAGGCGAUGUUUACGAGGAAAUAAGCGAGUGGAUGGACAAGAACAAGGUCGAUUCCUGGAAAGCAAAGCCGGUAAUGAAAAAGAACUUCUUCGGCGGCGCUGGAGUCCCUCCCGAAGCCGAAUACUUGCGAGUAGAGUACGGGCCGAAGAAUCCUCUGAUGCAUUCCAAUAUGAAAGGCACCCAUUUCUCCCAGAUCUUCAACGUCAACCAGCCGAUGUUCGAGUUCUUCGCGUUGGAAAGAAACAUCAUGGGCCCAUGCUGGUUGUCCGUCGCCAACGGCUCUUAUUCACCAAUCACAGGCGGCGCAAUCAGCUGGUGCUCCGUCGAAUUCGACUGCAACGACUACAAAGCCAUCCAAGUUCACCCAGACAGCGACAAAAUGCACGAACCUCAGCUUACGCUUCUCUCUCUUUCCUUCAAAACCAUUCCAAUGAAAAAGACCAACGAGCUCGCCGCCUUCACAAUGGUCGUCAACAGUAACUUCCGCCUCUCCAGCACUAAGAAAAUGCCCGAACACGACUACAUCAUGACUGCUCUUUCCAAGCCCGCAACGAUGACGCUUCCUUAUGACUGGAACGGGGAAGUGAACAAAAGCGAAAAAGUCCAAUCCUGUCUCGGCGAAAAGCACCUAUUGAACUACUUCCUCAAAGAACUCCGUCAAAUCGACCCAGACAUCAUCCUUGGUCACGAUUUACUCGACUUCGGGCUCGAAUACCUCCUGCAACGUAUGAAGGUUCACAACAUCAAUGGCUGGUCAAGACUUGGGCGGAUUAAACGAAAAGAAAUGCCGAGAAUGACUUCCCAAAUCGGGCAAAUGCGAGCUGGAUCGGAGGCCUGUUGCGGUCGAUUGGUGGCUGACACGAAGACUUCAGCCAUGGAGCUGGUAAAAAUGCGCGAUUAUAACCUGACGAGUUUGUGCGAAGAACAAAUCCCCGCAAAACUGGAAGGGUUGAAGUCUGUCUUCCUAGAAACCUGCAGAAACAGGAAGGAAUACUUGCCGGAAAACAUCGUCGAAGCGUUCGGCAGCUCCAAUACCCUGCGAAUGCUCUUGCAGGAAAAUGUAAACGACUGCUUUCGCAACAUGCUGAUUUCUUCCAACAUUCAAAGUCUCCCCCUCGCCGUCCAAAUCACCAACAUCUGCGGAAACAUCCUUUCCCGAACUCUCUCCCGCGGCCGAGCUGAAAGAAACGCUUAUUUGCUUCUUCAUGCAAAGAAAAACACAGAAGAUGGGGGCGAUAAAAAGGGGCCAAAGUACGCUGGAGGAAUGGUUCUUGAGCCGAAGAAAGGUCUCUACACGAACUACAUCCUCCUCCUUGAUUUCAACAGUCUCUACCCAAGUAUCAUCCAAGAAUACAACAUCUGUUUCACGACGACAGCGAUGCAAGCUCCACCCGGCGAGGACGUUUCCACCUGGCUUCCCGAUGUGCCCAAAACGAUGGAAGAAGGAAUCCUUCCUUCCGAAAUCAAGAAGCUCGUCAAUCGCCGAAAAGAAGUCAAAAAGCUCAUCAAAACCGAAAAGAACGCUGACGAGCUCGCCCGACUCAACAUUCGCCAACUUGGUUUGAAAUUGACCGCAAACUCGAUGUACGGCUGUUUGGGAUUCUCUGCUUCGAGAUUUUAUGCCCAACCUUUGGCGGCGCUGAUCACAGCGAAGGGAAGAGAGAUCUUGGAAGCGACAAAGGUGUUUGUUGAAAAGAUGAAUUUGGAGGUUGUCUAUGGCGAUACUGAUUCGAUCAUGAUCAACUCAAACUCGACGAAUAUUUCGGAAGUGAUGAAGCUUGGAAAUAUGGUCAAAAAGGAAGUCAACAAGCACUACAGGUUGCUAGAAAUCGACAUCGACGGCGCUUACAAAUCCAUGCUUCUUUUGAAAAAGAAAAAAUACGCUGCACUUGAUCAAAAUGGCAAAGAAGAACUGAAAGGUCUCGAUAUCGUCCGACGAGAUUGGUCCGAAAUCGCCCGAAACGAAGGUCGAACCAUCAUCAAACUUCUCCUCCACGAGCAAGACGAGGAAGAAGGCGUGCGGAAGAUUCAUGAGCAUUUGGAGCAGAUAGCGGCGAAGCUGGACAAAAAGCACUACAGAACUGUUGAUUUUAGAAUCCAGAAAGCGUUGACAAAAGCGCCCGAGCAGUAUCCAAAGGGUGGAGAGCAGGGAUAGGGACAGCCUCAUGUCAAGGUCGCCCUGAGAAUGAACAAAAAGCAGCCGGGCAAGUUCAAGUCUGGAGACACUGUUCCGUAUAUAAUCUGCACUGGAGACGAAAAACUAAAGCCAGCCGAUCGAGCCUAUCAUCCGAGCGAAGUGGCGCGAGAAAAGAAAGAAAUCGACACUGAGUACUACCUCCGAAAUCAGCUCGUUCCCGUCUUCGGCCGUUUGCUCGACCCGAUCGAGGCGACUGAUGAGCAGCAGAUUGCCACUCGCCUUGGAAUGGAUCCCUCGGCCUUCAAAUCUAGAGCUGCUACUUUAGCACGAAGGGAAAGAGAAGAAGAAUUGGCCCGAAUCGCCAGUCAAAAAGAAGAAGAAAAACUGGCCAAUUGUGACCCGCUGGAACUAACCGUCGGAGAGGAAAAGAUCACAUGCGACUUGUUCGUUCCUCCUUUUAGCCAAAGCAUGAGCGACGGAAAAGGGUUGAGAGAAAAGAUGAGCGAGAUCGAAUGCGCGCUGAGAAAAGCCAUCAAGUUUCAUAUGAAACGAGUUUACAGCAACUGGCAAGUCGGAGAAUCGGACGGUUAUCGGACAAGAUUCAUCACUCCCAAUUACACGUCGAAGGGUUACUUUGCUUCUCCAAGCUGCGAAGAUGACAUUUUGAAGGUCGAAUAUUCCAUCUCGGACUUUUACCUCCAGCUCCAGUUUUUCCAGCGCAUCUUUGACGCACCAGCUUGGCUGAAGAAGAUGAAUGCAGAUUUGCCAAAAGAAAAGGAGCCGAGGGACAAAGCUCUGCAAGAAAUAAAUCGCGUGCAAGAAGACUUCGCUUACUACGCCGAAGUGAAAAAAAUUGCUGACGAAGCGGCAAGCCGAUCCAGCGAGCUUGGAAGCUCGGAGCUUUCCUAUGGAAGGCGAAAUAAUCAGCCCAGCUCAAAUUUGGGGGUUUCGGAGUUUGACAUGUCUUCCCCGCUCAAUUAUGGUACUCCAGGAAGUUCUACGGCUCCUGGAUCUAAUGCUACGCCCAUGAAACAACGGCCAGAUGUUGGCCACCUCACAAACGUCCGACAAUUGGAAGUUAACAGCGAUCAAGGAACCCGAAUGGACAGUGAAUAUGAUGGAGGCCAAGCUUCAACAAACGAAAACAGACUGGUCAUUUGGGGCACUGACGUUUGUCUGGAAGACUCUCGCGAGCGCUUUAAAAAAUUCCUCCUCACCUUCAAAUUGGAAAAUAUGUGUCCGGAAGAUCACCCAGGAAUGAACCCGGAUGAGCCUUUUUACUUCCAAAAACUCAUCGCCAUCGAAUACGUCCGAAACAACCUCUUCUUCAAUCUUGACUCGGCGCACUUGAAAGAAUUUGAUGCUCAACUUUACAGACAGCUGGUCAAUUAUCCGUCAGAGUUGAUUCCCAUUUUGGACAUGGCAACAAAUGAAGUCUUUUAUGAAAAAGUAGCAUCACCAGACGCGGUUUUGGAACAUCAAAUUCAAGUGCGACCCUUUAACGUGGAUAGAACAAAGUCUCUUCGUUCACUGGAUCCAAAUGAUAUUGAUCAGUUGGUUACUAUUCGUGGAAUGGUCAUUAGGAACAAAAUGUCCCUUGCUUUUUUCAAAUGCGCUGUUUGCCACAAUGAAGAAGAAAUUGAAAUCGUCAAAGGAAGAAUUAACGAACCCGGAGUUUGUAGUAGAUGCCAAACUACAAAAUCGAUGCGAUUGAUUCAUAACAGAUGCAAGUACAUCGGCAAGCAGAUCAUCAAACUUCAAGAAGCUCCGGAAGAAAUGCCAGCUGGUGAAACUCCUCAUUCGAUCCCUCUUCAUGCUUAUGGAAAUUUGGUGGAUGCAAUUCAACCUGGUGAUCGAGUUAAUGUCACUGGAAUUUUCAGAGCAGGUAUGAGUUUUUGGAUUGAUUUAUUGAACAAGGUCUAUCGAAGUUAG